CCCAUUCGAAUUCAACUUCGAUAUUUUUAUGACAUUUGACAUUUAUUACACCUGUUUGUUUUCAUCUUCGGCCCCUUGUUCCGUGGCCCUUAUUUUUGAUUUGUGAAAAAAAUAAUUUCACAUUUUCCGAAUGAGAAAAAUAAAGAAACAACCACCGGUUGAUAUAAAUUUAUCUCUAUAAAUGAUAUCAUUAAUUGAUAAGAACCAUUGUUCGCCUGGGCGGAUAAUCAGUGCAAUUAUUCACCUCAGUUUUGUGGUUUUUAGAAGGUCGACAAUCAAUAAAGAUUAUUUUGUUUCAGGAAUGUGAUUUGUCUGAACAAAAACACUCACAAAGAUGUCAAAAAAUAAGUUAAAUCUCACACUACCUCCUGGUUCUAUAGACCAAACUCCAACUGUAACUCCAACUUCUUCUUUUAAUGAAAAAUCUACUGUGUAAGUAUCUUUUCUCAAAGCUGAGCAUUGAAAGUUUUAUUAUGGUUUAUAACUGAGAUGUAGAACAUUAUAAUUGCUAUAUGUAUGUCAUUUCCAUAUUAAACGUGAUAUUUAUCAAAGCCAGUGAAUGUGAAAUGCUUAGCCAGAUCUUAUCCAAGCUAAAAAUGUUGCUUACUCUCAUUUUUCAAACUUGAGGUUAUAAGCUGUAAAUUAAAUUUCUUGAACAAGGUAGAUAGAAAUAUCUUUUUUAGCCUGACAGAUUAUAUGUUAAUCAUAUUUAGAAUACUGGUGGAAUCAUAUGCCUUUUUGUAAUAUAUUAUUUCACAUGAAAAGUGAAGUUCACAAUUACAGUUGAAAAACCAUUACUGACAAUGGAAGCAACAUUUUUAAAAUGUGUUUUUUUUUGCUGCAACAAAUUAACAUCUGUGUAUAUAAUAAGAGUUUACUUAACUAUUUUACCAAGAUGCAUUGCUAUUUCACACUUACUAAAAUUAAAAUUUCACUUGGUGCAUUCUGCAGGAUCGACUAUUUCAUCACUAUUAAGGAAUACCAAUCACAAGUGAGUGCUCCUGAAUAGUUUGAGAAUAGCUGAGAUUGCAAAAUGCUACUAUUCAUAGUUUUUGCACUCGGGCAGGUUUCAGAGAUUCUAUUGUACCAAAACUGUUAGUAUCAUGUUUUUAAUUGUAAUUAGGUAAAUUAAAGCAAAGCAAAUAUUUUGACCCCAGUUUUUUCAAAUUUGAGAUGUUUUAUAAUUGCCUCAUACUGAUCUACCUUGAUCUCAUCUUUUUUAUCAUCUAAUAUUCUUGUUCAAUAUUUAAUACUAAGGCUCACAACAUAUUUGAUUUAGACAUCAUGAAACAUAUAAGAAAAUAUCUCACAUUUGUAAUUUUUUCUGGUCACAAUAAUAUUUCCUUUGUUAUGUGUGUAAGUAAAAGAUCUCAAUGUAGAAAAUUUUCAAAUUGAAAUUUAAUACAUCUUUUGCACCUCUACAUCAAAGGAAGCUUCUCAUUAACUGAAGUUGCAGACCUAAUAGCCUAGUUAGAGGAAACAGCAUAGAUAAUCUAACAGCAAGAUUAGAGGAAUUAGAUAUGGAUGAUACUCAAAGAAAACGGAUAGAAGUAUUCCUUUGCCAAAAAGAAAAAAUAGGAGGAGACUUAUCAGAUGAUGACUUUGAAAAAUUAGGUGAACUUGGAUCAGGAAAUGGUGGAGUUGUGACUAAAGUAAGACAUAAAUGUAGUGGUCUGAUCAUGGCAAGAAAGUUGAUUCACCUAGAAGUCAAACCAGCAAUCAAGAAGCAGAUCAUUCGGGAACUGAAAGUUCUUCAUGAGUGCAACUUUGCGCACAUAGUAGGGUUUUAUGGGGCAUUCUAUAGUGAUGGCGAGAUAAGCAUUUGUAUGGAAUAUAUGGAUGCUGGGUCGCUGGACUUGAUACUUAAGAAAGCAGGCCGUAUUCCCGAAAAUAUUCUAGCAAAAAUAACUUCAGCUGUUCUAAAAGGAUUGAGUUAUUUACGUGAUAAGCAUUCAAUUAUGCACAGAGAUGUAAAACCUAGCAAUAUAUUAAUAAAUAGCAGUGGUGAGAUAAAAAUCUGUGAUUUUGGUGUUUCUGGACAACUCAUUGAUUCCAUGGCUAACUCAUUCGUAGGAACUAGGAGUUACAUGUCGCCUGAGAGACUCCAAGGAACACACUACUCAGUACAAAGUGACAUUUGGUCUCUGGGCCUGUCAUUAGUCGAAAUGGCAUUAGGCAUGUAUCCGAUUCCCCCUCCAGACGCGAAAACAUUGGCGGCAAUUUUUGGGUCGAAGAACGACCACGACUCACCCGACCACACCAAAGGACCCAGGCCAAUGGCAAUCUUCGAGUUGUUAGAUUAUAUUGUUAAUGAACCUCCACCCAAGUUGCCUUCAGGAAUAUUCACCGACGAGUUCAAAGAUUUCGUCGAUAGAUGUCUUAGAAAGAACCCCGACGAAAGGGCCGAUUUAAAAACGUUAAUGAAUCACACGUGGAUAAGGAAAGCAGAAUCCGAUGAUAUAGAUAUAGCUGGUUGGGUGUGCAAGACUAUGGAAAUUCAACCUCCAAACAAAUAGUUGUUGAUCAAACAUAUAGGAGUAUUAUAUAGUUAAAUAGUUACUAUCAAAUUACAAAAAGUUAGCAAACUCAACUUUAUUAUGUAUUUAAGUACUAUUUAGUUUCUAUUAAUUUAUUUUGAAGCUUUUAGGUGUAUUUAUAAUGUAUACAAUUUUUUCUUAUGUCAUGUAGAUAUUUGCUAGUUGAACAGGUGAUUCAAUUUGUUGCAUAUGUUUUUGUUUUUGAUAAAAAUGCUUUCUUAAAGAACA